UGGUGUGAGCUCCGGGCUGUCGGCGUAUCGGGAUAAAGUCGUCUUCGGUCACUUUGCAGCGGCUGGAGCGGUCACCGGCGGUCUGUUCCGGAUUAAUCUCGGUCUGAGGGGUCUGAUUGGUGGAUCCGUCAUUGGAGCCAUGUUGGGGGUCCCGGUGGGGGCGCUGGCCUCGGGGUUGCAGGCCCUGUUGGGGGAGGAUCUGCGGGAAUACAAGCGCAGACAACACCGCCAACUAUAUGAAGAGAAGGUGCAGGAAUGGACUGAGCGAUUGCAGCUCACCGACGUCAUCGUGCAAGACAUGCAAACUGCGGACACGGAAUCGGCUUCCAGUCAGAUGGAGAAGAUCACAGAACUGCUGCGGCAGCCGCGGAACCCGGAUCAGGGGCGGGAGGAGUGAGACUCUUCCAGACUGCCGGUCACCGGGAGCGCUGAGCAGAGACUGGGACCGCCUCCUGUGUGAUGACAUCACAGUAUAUUACUGUGGGACUUUCCUCUUCCUGUAGAGGCAGGAAGUGACACAGGGACAGGAUGUCCUCUGUAUACGGGUAACGCUCGGGGUGGGGGUGCUGGCGAUGUGCGGCGCUCACCCCCGGAUCCCAGCUGUCUCUGGACUGUCAGGACCUACCUCUGAGGGACAGUAGGUCGUUCUGGGAGGAUCUCCACCAAUAAAUCUAUCACAUAUCUCUGUA